AUGCGAGGCUAUAAAUCGCUGCUGCCAUCAACUACAACACUGCGGCAGAUCGGCAGAUCGGGGGCUGUCUUCCAGGAGGAGGCGGGCGGCCUCCCACCCGCCAGGCGGAGAGUUUUGGAAUCUGAAGAACAAGUACUUGUAAUGUAUCAUAGGUAUUGGGAAGAAUAUAGCAAGGGUGCAGACUAUAUGGACUGCUUAUAUAGGUAUCUCAACACUCAGUUUAUUAAAAAGAAUAAGUUGACUGAAGCUGAUCUUCAGUAUGGCUAUGGUGGAGUAGAUAUGAAUGAACCACUUAUGGAAAUAGGAGAGCUAGCAUUGGAUAUGUGGAGGAAAUUGAUGGUUGAACCUCUUCAGACGAUCCUUAUCCGAAUGCUGCUUCGAGAAAUUAAAAAUGACCGUGGCGGAGAAGACCCAAACCAGAAAGUAAUCCAUGGGGUUAUUAACUCCUUUGUUCAUGUUGAACAGUAUAAGAAAAAAUUUCCCUUAAAGUUUUAUCAGGAAAUCUUUGAGUCUCCCUUUCUGAUUGAAACAGGAGAGUAUUAUAAACAAGAAGCUUCAAAUUUGUUACAAGAAUCAAAUUGCUCACAGUAUAUGGAAAAGGUUCUAGGUAGAUUAAAAGAUGAAGAAAUUCGAUGUCGAAAAUACUUAAAUCCAAGUUCAUAUACUAAGGUGAUCCAUGAAUGUCAACAACGAAUGGUAGCAGACCACUUACAGUUCUUACAUGCGGAGUGUCAUAAUAUCAUUCGGCAAGAGAAAAAAAAUGACAUGGCAAAUAUGUAUGUCUUACUUCGUGCUGUGUCCUCUGGCUUACCUCACAUGAUUCAGGAGCUGCAGAAUCAUAUCCAUGAUGAGGGUCUCAGAGCAACCAGUACCCUUACUCAGGAAAAUAUGCCAACACUAUUUGUGGAGUCAGUUUUGGAAGUACAUGGUAAAUUUGUUCAGUUAAUCAACACUGUUUUGAAUGGUGACCAGCAUUUUAUGAGUGCAUUGGAUAAGGCCCUUACAUCAGUUGUAAAUUACAGAGAGCCCAAGUCAGUUUGCAAAGCACCAGAACUGCAAGCCUGUGGUUAUGAGUUUACCAGCAAGCUACAUCGGAUGUAUACAGAUAUGAGUGUCAGUGCUGAUCUCAACAAUAAGUUCAACAACUUUAUCAAAAACCAAGACACAGUAAUAGAUUUGGGAAUUAGUUUUCAAAUAUAUGUUCUACAGGCUGGCGCUUGGCCUCUUACUCAAGCUCCUUCAUCUACAUUUGCAAUUCCCCAGGAAUUAGAAAAAAGUGUACAGAUGUUUGAAUUAUUUUAUAGCCAGCAUUUCAGUGGAAGGAAACUUACAUGGUUACAUUAUCUCUGUACAGGUGAAGUUAAAAUGAACUAUUUGGGCAAACCAUAUGUUGCCAUGGUUACAACAUACCAAAUGGCAGUUCUUCUUGCCUUUAACAACAGUGAAACUGUCAGCUAUAAAGAGCUUCAAGACAGCACACAGAUGAAUGAAAAGGAGCUGACCAAAACAAUCAAAUCAUUACUAGAUGUGAAAAUGAUUAACCAUGACUCAGAAAAGGAAGACAUCGAUGCAGACUCUUCAUUUUCAUUAAAUAUGAACUUCAGCAGUAAAAGAACAAAAUUUAAAAUUACUACAUCAAUGCAGAAAGACACACCACAGGAAAUGGAGCAGACUAGAAGUGCUGUAGAUGAGGACCGGAAAAUGUAUCUCCAGGCUGCUAUAGUGCGUAUAAUGAAAGCACGGAAAGUGCUUCGGCACAAUGCCCUUAUUCAAGAGGUGAUUAGUCAAUCAAGAGCUAGGUUUAAUCCCAGUAUCAGCAUGAUUAAGAAAUGUAUUGAAGUUCUGAUAGACAAACAGUACAUUGAGCGCAGCCAAGCAUCCGCAGAUGAAUACAGCUAUGUCGCUUGAUGCCACUGUCCCCCAUGUGGAUGUGAGAAGAUCAUUGCCAUCACCAUUCGGUGUGUUCCUGUGGGAAAAAGCAGGCCUGUGCCUCCAUAAUUUGGUCAUUUGGCAGCCCCUGUUUUCUGCUGUUUACAACAUCACCAGUGCCACGUCAUGAGCGUCAAAGAAAAUGCCUAGAGAUAUUUCCAGCUCAUGUCAUCACGACAUUUCUUAAAACUUUAUUAAAGAAUGAGUGAAGUAUUGCUGAAAUGUGGAAAUUUGGUUGGGUACCAUGCUUUUUCUCCCCUUCACGUUUGCAGUUGAUGUGUUUUUUUUUUUAAUGUAUCUUAAAGGACAUAAAAUAAGAACUUAAAUAUUGUAAUAUGACAGAUAACCUAAUAAUUGUAUCUACAUUAAAAUGACAAACAUGAUAUUGCUGCUUGUCAAAUAAAAAAAUAAAGAAGUAGAAUGCCUUUUUUUAUGUGGUUGGAAUAUCAAGUUGGCCACAAAAUAAUACAUAUAACUGUUCAUGAGUCAUCCAAGCAGUGGAUGCAAUCUUAGUUGCUGUUGUUUUUGUUUUCUCAGUACUGUGGUUUGAACUCAAGGCCUUCUGUUUUGCUAGGCAGUUGCUCUACAACUUGAGCCACACCCCGAGGCCUUUUUGUUCUCACUAUUUUUGGACUGGCCUAGCUUGCUGUCCUUUUAUUUAUACUUCCCACUUAGUUGGGAUGAUGCACACACCACUAUGCCCAGCUUUUAUUGGUUCAGUUUUAUUGGGGUGUCACCAGCUUUUUGCCCUGGCUGUUCUUCAACCGUGAUCCUCCUGAUCUCGGCCCCCCCCCAAGUUUGUAGAUGUAAGCCAUUGAGCUUCCAGUUUUAUUUCUUAUCCGAGUAGCUUAAUUCACUUGGACUUCUGUUAACUCCAUGAAAAUGUCCUGUCUGCAUAAAGAUGCAUUUAGCACAAACAUGCUUUAUUUAAAGAGUAGAACAAUAAUACCCCUGAGUAUUUUGCAUAUUGAAAAUAUAGUUUCUGGUGCUAUGCUAUCAUAGGAAAGAAGCAGGGGGGAGAUAGGUAGUGACCUCAGACCUGGCAUAGAAGGAACUUUCCAUUCACAUUUCAUUCACAUUUAUCUUCUGUGCUCAUGAAACAUCAGUUCUGACCUAGAAUGAUAAUGCUCACUCUGCCUCCCCCGAGUUGUAGAAAAUUCUGUGAUUUCACAGUUCUUUCCAGCUCGCCCUCUUUGUCAUUUGUCCCCUUCCUUCCCCAUUGUUGACAAGCAGGUUCAGUCUGCAUGGCACACCACAACAGUGCUCCUUAGGGAGGAUGUGAGAUUCCAUUACUUCAUUUGGUCCACAUCAGCAGACAUGUUGAACACUUUGUUUGAUCAUGUUUCUAUCUGCCCACAGUCCUCAUAGCUUUACAGGGUUUUUUCUAACCUGGAAUAAAGCGUAUCUCACAACUAUUUCACUUAUGAUACUUUUGUUUGUAUCUUUAACAGAUAGGCCUUAUGAAAAACCAAACUACAACUAUUCCCAGCAAAUAAAGAAUAAUUACUUGA